AUGGCUCGACUCUCCGCCAAGAUGGAUGCCCAUCCCCCUUCGACCCGUUCUAGACGCCAAAUCAUGUCUGACAGUGAUGAAACUGAAUCGUGUUCUGAUGAUAGCGAUCACAGCGAUGCUAGCAGUGCAGCCGCUCCUCGAACUACGAAGCCCUGGCAAACCAAGAGCUACCAGGAAAACCUCAGUCGAGGUGGCGACUCCGGCGACGACUCGGAAGAAGGCGAUUCUGACGAUUCUGAUGAUUCUGAUGAUUCUGAUGAUUCUGACAAUUCUGACGACUCGGAGGAUGGUCUGAAUGGUAUCCUUAAUAAGUCUGACAGCCCCAAGGCCAUUGCACCAGAUUUCCAACGUCACACUUCUCCCGUCAAGCGAAUGCCACAACCUGAUCGGCCUGUCGCUACUCCAGUACGACGCAACCGAUUGUCCAUGUCGCCCAAAAACUCCGUCUUUGACAGUGCCAACCCUCUGCUCUCAGCAUCCAAGAAGGCCACUGCUGGAACCAAGAAGAACAUAUUUGAUGAUGAACCCAUGGCACCCAUGAAGAUCCCCGAUUUGCAUGCAGCCCCCAAACCCAAGCCCAAGUCUGAUCUUUCUGCUGCUGGACUGCGGCGCCCAUCCAAACCCAUUUCCACGCCCAUCAAGACCCCCAGCAACUCAAUGGAGUCUGCAAACAGAGCCGCCUACGAGGAGUAUAAGCAGUCGAUGAAACCUCGAGUUCCCUCCAGAUCGGCCUUCUCCAUUUCCUCGCCCAUCAAGCAGAACAUUGAGCAUCAGCAGCGAUUCCAGCAAGCUUCUGUCGGACUCUCUGAGUCUGAACUGGCCAUCAUGUCUGGUGCUGGUAAGCAGCAGUCUGGAUACGAUCGAUAUAACCAGCCCAACAACACUCCACGUGUCAACUAUGGUGUUCGUGGCCCUCCCGGCCUUGUUAAGGACGCUGCCCUAACCGGCGUGAACGCCCACUCGUCUGCCCCCGCACCCGAGUUCAACUACACCCCUGCAUCUACGGCUGGAGAUGUUGAAGCGUUACUUCCCUAUAUUCUAAGCAAUAAUGACGAAGACGAGGAGAGCUCUGAUGAGGAGGAAGAGGAGCCAGAAGACAAGACAAAGAAGGGCGCUUCUAGCAAGAAGGCCACCUCUCGAAGGUCUGAGGAGCGAGCUGCUCAGGAGAAGGAGAUGGGAGAUCGAGGUCAUCUCGUCAGAAAACAUUGGGACAGUGAGUUCCUCAAGAACAUGCGGUUCAAGGGUAUUGUUCCUGGACUCUCUGUGACUCUUAUGCAACAUCAGCGGAAGGGUGUUCGGUGGCUUCUUGGACGAGAGGUCCCCACCAACAAACACAAGGGGGGCAUGCUUUGUGAUGACAUGGGUCUAGGUAAGACUGUUCAGUCUAUCAGUUUGAUUCUAUCUAACCCUCGAGGUCUGCAUGCGAAGACCGCUUCCAAGGACGGUGAGCCUCGAGAGUGCAAGGCUACCCUGGUCAUCGCACCACUGUCCCUGGCCACUCAGUGGGAGCAGGAAAUCAAAGAUAAGUCUCCCGGUCUGAGAGUUCUGAAGCACCACGGUCCUGGUCGAACCUCUGAUUCUCAUGUCUUUAGAGACUAUGAUGUCAUUGUCACCACCUACCAGACACUCUCCUCCGAGAUCAAGAAGGACAACUCUCCUCUUCUGGGAGUCAAGUUCUGGCGAGUCAUUCUUGAUGAAGCCCAUACCAUCAAGAACAAGCGGUCUCAGAUGUACCAGGCUGCCUGCCGAGUCUUCGCUGAUCGAAGAUGGUGUCUCACAGGUACUCCCGUUCAGAACAAUAUUGAUGAACUUCAAGCCUUGCUUCAGUUCAUUCGAGUUCCUCCUUACGAUGAUCCUGUCGUAUGGAAGGAACAGAUCUCUGGGCCUCUUUCCAAGGAGGGAGCCGCUCGAACUGCAAUGGCGAAGCUGCAUCUUGUGCUUUCUGGUCUCAUGUUGAGACGAACAAAAGCUGUUCUCAAGGACUCCAAGAUGAACAUGAAGGCUCGACGAGUUCACCAGGUUGACAUUGAGUUCCAGCCUGAUGAGAGAGCUUUCUACGACGCCGUUAACGAGCGAAUUGGAAGUCAGAUUGACACCAUUUCCAACGGAUCCAUGAUGCAGGCCCUGACUCUGCUCUUGCGUUUGCGGCAGAUUUGUGACCAUCGAUAUCUUGUCUCCAAGGAAGCUGCCACGGGUGGGCAUCUCGACGAAUUUGAGGGUUACUCUGCUGAAGCCGACGAUGGCAAAGACCUCGAUGAUCUUGCUGAUAUGUUUGCUGACAUGGGUAUGGAUGGAGCUGGAAGCUCCAGUACUUCUUCUGGAGACAACAAGGUGUCUAUUAACGGCAAGGAUGUACAUGCCAGUGCCAAGGUUGUCAAGCUUCUGGAGCUUCUAAAGGCUGAUCCUCGAAAGACCAUUGUUUUCAGUCAGUUCACCAAGUUCUUUGAUGUUCUUGAACCAUUCCUGAUUCGAGAGAACAUCCGUUACGUAAAGUACGAUGGAAGCAUGCCUAUUAGGAAGCGAGACGCUGCCCUCGCUACUCUACGAGCUGAUCCCGAUACUACAGUGCUGCUCUGUUCGCUAAAGUGUGGUGCUCUCGGUCUCAAUCUGACUUGUGCCAACCGAGUGGUGCUCUUGGACCCCUGGUGGAACCCCAUGGUCUCCGAGCAAGCUAUUGAUCGAGUCCACAGAAUUGGUCAGACCGUCGAUGUGGAUGUCUACGAGUUUAGCGUGGUUGAUUCUGUGGAAAAGAAGAUCAUGCAGCUUCAGGACAAGAAGCGUAAGCUGGCCGGCUCUGUCAUCAACGGUGACAGAGAGCUCAUGAAGGAGGUCAGCACUCUGUCUCGGGCAGAGCUGCUCUUUGUGUUUGGAAGAGCUUGA